AUGGCUGCACGUCGGGCGAUGUCCCGGUUUGAUCGGGUCAAUCAAUGGUUGCAGUUUGCCAGGCAAUGGCACAUCGUAGAUGCCGAUCAUCAGGAUGCGUAUCUUCUUGGUAAACAUGUUGCAAUGCACUUGUCCGGAAAGCACAAACCAAUAUGGCACCGAGAGACGGAUUGUGGUGAUCACGUAGUGGUGGUUAACUGUAAACAUGUAGCCAUGCAUGGAUUCGACUGGAAACAUACCUUGUAUCACUUCAAUAAGGAAUAUCCCAAAUCGAAGGUCGACAUACCGGCGUAUCAAAUACACGAGUAUGAUCCGUGCCGAAUGGUUUUUCUGGCUGUAUAUAAGGCAUUAGGGCAUAAUCUGAUCCGCCGUCGACACAUACAACGACUUCAUCUUUUCCCGGAGAUGGAAAUGCCAGAUUUUGUACGAGAAAAUUUGGGCAGUCAGCUAGAACAAGUUCAGCGAGUUCCGAAACGAAGUGACGAAUACACACCAGAAGAACGUGCAAAGUUCCCUAGGCUGCUAAGGUAA